GAGCUAAACAUGCCCCAUGGGAAAAAAAAACAAAGCGGAAAUGACCCGUGGACUAUUGACAAACACUUCAAUAUUUUCUUUUUAGGGACUCCCACUCUUCACGAAUUUGCUUCCCAAUAAUCUCCAUUUUUUUUUUGAAUAUCAAUAAUCUCCAUGUUUCUCUGCAACACUCGCCUCCCUCGCUUCCUUUCACAAUUCCACCACCACGCCCAUCUUCAUCUCUUAUCUUCCUCUUUUUCUCAAUCUCAACCCAAAAAAACUACCCAACCUUCGUUUCUUUCUUCUUCUUCACAAUGGCGAAGCCACUGCAAUUUGACAGCUUCGGUUAUUGGGAAACUCUCACUUGAGGAUGAUACGGUUUCUUCUUCCUAUCUCUCAGCUCGCAUUUGGUGCCGCAAGGAUAUUGCAGGGUUGCUAUCAGAUGCUCUUUUGUGCUUUGGUGCAAGCUCCGCCAGCAUUGAUGAUGGAGAUGGUGACCCAGAUGAUGCUAAGAUUUGUGUCACUUCUUUCUUUGAGGAAUGCCAAGAUGUGGCUGGUUGCAUCUCACACGCUGCUGAUUCCAUUGGCAUGAAGGAGACUCCUAGUUAUGAAGUCAUAAAUGGCAAAGAGCAGGACUGGGUAAAGAUUGUUGAGGACAUGUUUCACCCAGUGGAGGUUACAAAUGGUCUUUGGAUAAUUCCUGAGUGGAGAACUCCUGUAGAUAUUCAAGCAACAAAUAUAAUUAUCAAUCCAGGAUUGGCAUUCGGUACUGGAGAACACCCAACAACCAGACUUUGCCUUUUAUUGUUGCAUGAGUUGAUAAAGGGUGGAGAACAUGUCCUGGAUUAUGGCACUGGUUCUGGGAUUCUUGGAAUUGCAGCAAUAAAGAUGGGUGCUGCAUUAGCUGUUGGAGUUGAUAUCGAUCCUCAGGCAAUAACAUCAGCUCACCGGAAUGCUGCAUUGAAUAACAUUGAACCUGACCAAAUGCAUUUCUACCAGUCCAAGUUCAAAGUCCCCAUGCCUUCGUCAGUUGGAAUAGAAAAUGCUAUGGGGGAGAAUCCAUGUGAUGGCGAUAUUAUGGCUGAAACUGCGAAGUAUGACAUUGUCAUUGCAAACCUACUUUUAAAUCCUUUACGAGACUUAGCAAGCCAUAUAACUGCCUAUGCGAAGCCAGGAGCAUUCAUUGGCCUGUCUGGAGUUUUAUCUGAGCAGGUUGCACAAAUUCGAGAAAUAUAUAGUUCGUUCUUGGACAACAUAUCGGUGUCAGAAAUCGAUGGGUGGGCCUGUAUAAGGGGUAUAAGAACUCCUGAUCAACCUUGUUGAGAACCUCAAUAGCCUGUUCUCAACCAUCUAGCAGAUUCCAUGACUCAGAAUUAUUUGGACAGUUUGGUGCCUAGAGGAUGGACGUAAUCUUGAGAAAUUUGCAUCACACUGGCCCUUUGGGCUUCAAAACAAAACAUGUUAGCUUGAGAAUCAUUUUCAAAGAAACAGAUACAGUUGAACCAGAUCUGUUAUUUGUUUUGAACGCGGAUAAGUGUAAAGUGGCAAUGACUUAGAUCCUCAGCACCAUUACUGGUGGCUUCUCUAAUAACCGAAAA